AUGGCCGACAUCAAGACUGAGGCGCAGCCAGGGCGCGUGGGGAACUUGACCCCCGAGCAGGAAGAGAAGCUGCGCGAGCUGUGGGCUGCCAUCUUCAAGGUGUGCGCAGUGGGCGAACAAGACGAGCCAACGCCGGCCUCCUCCACCGCACCUGUGGCGGCCGACAAGUCCAAUUCUAAGGAGAAGGGCAAGAAAAGGAGGAUAACCUUGUUCUCUAGGAAGGGUCACAAGGAUAAGAGCGGCGACUCGGAUUCGGCCUCUACGGACAAGUAUGGGCAGAACAAGCAGUUCCUCGACACAUUGGCCAGCUCCUCGCCCGAGAGCAUCCGCGCCACUAUCUGGAGCAUGAUCAAGCACGACCACCCUGAUGCGCUCGCCCUGCGCUUCCUGCGCGCAAGAAAAUGGGAUGUUGACAAGGCCCUCGUCAUGCUGGUUUCCACGAUGAACUGGCGCGCCAACGAUAUGCACGUCGACGACGACAUCAUGAAGAAGGGCGAGGCCGGCAUGGCCGACCUGUCCAAGUCUAGCGAUCCGAAGGAGAAGCAGCUGGGUGAGGACUUUAUGGCGCAGAUUCGCAUGGGCAAGAGCUUCCUCCACGGUCUGGACGACCAGGGAAGGCCCAUCUGCGUCGUGAGGGUACGGCUACACCACCAGGGUGAGCAGUGCGAGGAGUCGCUUGAGCGAUACACUGUCUACCUUAUCGAGACCGCACGCAUGGUUCUACGGCCGCCGGUGGACACAGCAACCAUCAUGUUUGAUAUGACUGGCUUCUCCAUGGCCAACAUGGACUAUACACCGGUGAAAUUCAUGAUCAAGUGCUUUGAGGCAAACUAUCCUGAAUCAUUAGGCUCGGUCCUUGUCCACAAAGCACCUUGGCUCUUCCAAGGCAUAUGGAAGCUCAUCCGCAGCUGGCUUGAUCCCGUUGUCGCCAGCAAGGUACACUUCACCAACAACCUGAAGGACCUGGAGGAGUUCGUCGCGCCCAGCCGCGUGCUUAAGGAGCUCGACGGCGAGGAGGAUUGGGACUACAAAUACGUCGAACCCGUGCCCGGAGAGAACGACAAGAUGAACGAUACAGCCACGCGCGACGGCAUGCUGGCCGCCCGCGAGCAGCUGUACAAGGACUAUGAGCAGGCGACACUGACCUGGAUCAAGACGCCUGACGCCGCAGGGAUCAAGGCGCAAAGGGAAAGUAUCGCGUCGAAGCUCAGGGCGGACUACUGGGCACUAGACCCGUACCUGCGCGCGAGGUCAUACUAUGACAGAACGGGAUGGAUACAGGGGGAAAAGGUAGACCCGUACGGCACGGCCGAGAAGACCCCCGCGGCGGUACAGGCGGGAGCGAAUGGCGAUGCCGCGACGAGUGCAGACGAUGUGGACUAAAGGGUGAGAGAGAGAGAGAGAGAGUAAUACGAUCAUACACCUACAUAUACGUAUAUAUGAUAGAAGGUAUAUAUUGGGGGCGCGCGUAAAAUCUUAAAGAGCGACCCUCCGCAAUGAAAAGUCUCAAUGACGAGGUUCGUCCUCGCAAC